AUGGCUACGGCAACCCGAACCACGGAAGUGCCAGAGGAACCCUCCAGCUCUGCCCCUGAAACAGGGGAGCGAGGCGAAGGGCAAGACGUCCUGGUUGAACCAUCCCAGGCACCAGCUGUUCAGUGCACCUCCCCAGAUGGAGGAAUGGAAUCGGACUCAGAGGAGGCAGAGACCACUGGGGUGCGAGUGGAAGGACCAGGCCCGUUGGAGCCCCUCAGCGAGUUGAUCAUCCUAGACGACCGACGAGGCACAGCGAGGAACAUCUUGGAAAUACCAGGUGCCGCUGAUGCCGGAGGGAGAAUCCACCAAACUGGCCGGACCCCUGGGACAUCAGGCCGUCCUUGUGUUAUCCUGGGCAUGCCUUGGCUAAAAUACCAGAACCGUUAUAUCAACUGGGAGUACAGAACUGUGACAUUUAGAGAUGGAUUUUACAACGGCCCCGCAGAGGCGGUGUCUAUUGCAGAUGUAUUUGGAGAAGCGGAGGCAGACCAGCUUCCCCCCCACCAUAAGACUGAUUGUGCCAUUGAACUAGACCCAGAGGCAAAGCUACCCAAGCCCAAAACCUAUCCCAUGACCCAAAAGGAGCUGGCAGCUUUGCAAACAGAAAAGGAACAUGAAGCCUUGCUCAGGCAAGUGCUUGCUAAGCUUAGAGCAGUGAAACUGUACGCCAAGCUCUCUAAGUGUGAAUUCCACAAAUCACAGCUUGAUUAUUUGGGAUACCGGGUAUCAGUGCAGGGCAUUGAAAUGGACCCAGCCAAAGUGCAAGCCGUGGUGAAUUGGAGGCAACCUCGCACCCGCAAGCAGCUACAAAGUUUCUUGGGGUUCACCAAUUUCUAUAGACAGUUCAUCGAGGGGCUCGCAGAGAUUGCCCUGCCACUCACUGACUUGCUGAAAACCAAAGGCCAAGGGGAAACUUGGGUGACUCAAAGAACCCUGAAGAUUAAGUACUGUAUCAGCUUCUGGGGGAAAAACAUCACAUGUUACUGGGACCUUCUACCUGAGAUGGAUUCUCCAAGUACAUACACCCUCCAGGUCACAGAGGAAGCUGGACGCUGCCAAAGAGAUUUUGGACUCACCAAGAAUUGCGUGGCUGAUCAAGGAGAACGUUCCUGCGGCAUUCCGGUGGAGAACCUUUUUGCUUUCUACAAAAUCAAACUGAUUGCACAGAAUCGGAGGCUGCGGGCCGACUCCUUGGAGAAAUGCAUCCACGGAAUGGGCAUUGUGAAGCUGAGUCCACCGGUGCUGAAGGUCACUGCACACCAAAGCCACUGCCUCCAGCUGGAAUGGAACCUGCUCGGGGAUGAGCUCAUGUCGGCAGCUGAGGCCCAGUACGAGAUCCAGUACCAUGACUUGGUGGAGAUGGCUUGGAUGCAGGUAAAUUUUACAGCAGUGGAGAAUGUACCCGUUUUUGCAAACAUCUGUGGGUUAUUCCCCUUUACCAACUACUCUAUCCAAGUACGUGCAAAAUAUCUGCACAGCUCUGCUUCCCAAAGUGAUGGAGGUCCCUUCUGGAGUGACUGGAGUUUGGAGAAAUUUGCAAGAACCCUUCCUGCAGUUCCAUCCCGAGGGCCAGCUUUCUGGAGAAAACUAGGAAGCCCCGGUGCUGACAAAAAGAGAGUGUCUGUCCUGAUGUGGAAGCCCUUGAAGCCGAAGGAAGCCAAUGGGGAGAUUUUGGGGUACAGCCUCCAUUCUCAGAGAAAAGGGGAGCCAAUGAGGCCCGAAUGCGUCACUCACGACCUGCAGUGUACUCUGCUCCUCCCGGCCAGGGAAGAAUUUAUCUUCUUUCUCACCGCCAAAAACACUGUGGGCAUCUCUCCCCCAACCAAGCUUGUGAUCCCAGCAUUCCGUAACCCAGAAGAGCCCCCACCCUCCCGUCUGCCCAUCCUCGCAUCUCCGGCAGGGGACCACUCUCUUCUCUUGCAGUGGUCCCUUCCCAGCACCCCAAAGAUGGACUUCAUUCUGGAGUGGAAUAAGCUGCCCGGGAAGGAAGGAGGCAACCCACACUGGCAGUAUCAGCCAGAGAACAUCAACCAUGCAGUCAUUACUGAAGCCAUAAAGCCAGGGAAUCUCUAUGCCCUGAAGAUCUUUGGACUCUUAGAUGGAAGACUUGGGGCCUUUGGUUCGACCCAGGCUUAUGCCAAGCAAAUCGCUCCACUUCGUGCCCCGGCUUUAUAUCCCACUCAGGUCUGGAAAUCUUGGGUGGAGCUGCAGUGGGAGAGCCUCCCUUUGGAAGAACGAGGCGGAGAGAUCCGGAACUACACCAUUUACUACAAGGAAGAGAGGAAGGAUGACUAUCGGACUGUGGUGCUGGACAGCUCGGCGCAUCGCUGCAUCAUCAACGGCCUGGCCCCCGGCUCCAUUGUGAGGGUGUACCUGGUGGCUGCCAGUGAAGGCGGGAACACCAGAGGCCCCAUGCUGUCCAUCCGCACCAAGAACUAUGAUUACGGGGAAGUUGAAAUCCUGCUUUCAGUUUUUUGCAUAGGGUUCAUUAUUCUCCUUGCAGGAACUCUGGUCUGCUUCUCCAGGCAUCGAUCGUAUGUCAAUAAACUUCGGAAGUAUCUGUGGCCACAGAUCCCAGAUCCAGGAAAAAGCAAUCUGGCUACUUGGAUGCCACAGAACAUGUGUUUGGACUUCACUUCUCACUGCAAUGAGAAAUGGAGCCACGCUUACCUUGGGGUGACCAUCACUGACCUCAAAAAAGUCUUUCCUUCUCAACCUGUGGAUCCAGAACCAGAACUGUUCCUUGGAACGCAGUGUCUGGGGGAAUCUCCCAAGGCUUUGCAGAAGGCUGCCCCCGUGAUCACAGAUGGAAUUGUAUCACGGGAACCUGAAGAUCAACAGCUUCAGAAACCUCUUGCAGCUUGGAAUGAGGUGGAAUACUCCAGGGUACUGGUGGUCAAAAACAACCAUGGCCCAGAUGAAACCUGGAGCAGCCCUUCUCGUAUGUGGUCUCUGCCCAAUUGCUGGGAUCUGGCCAAUACUUGCCCUGAGUCCCCGUUCAGCCAACAAUCCUGGGCUCAGAAUUUGACCUAUGAGACCUUCUUAGAUGUCAGGUCAUAUAACAGAGAAACCAUUGAAUCCACAGAUGAAUUUCCACUCCUGGUCAGUCUGGUGGCAAUGGAGGGAGAUCUGCAUUCUGCUGAAAGAUCACACACCUAACCCAUUGCCAAACAAAACAAAACAAAAC